GUUGACGACGGGGAAAGUUUAUGUUGUCUCUAAGCGAGCAAACUUCACUGUCAGUGUCUUGUGAACAUCUGACCAUGUCUAAGAGUACAAACCACGAUGGAUUAAUUCUGAUUUAAUUUCCACCGUGGAAUAAAGGGUUAAUAUUCUAGAACACUGGCUACAAACACUGCCUCCCACUAAUGUGAUGCUGUUAAAGGGAGACCACUGUCAGCAAUGUCCAGUCAUCCGUCAUCUGCUACACAACAGGUUCCGACCUUAGCGGAAGCCGAGAAAUUCUGGCUCCAGUGGGUUGAGGCCGCGUACCCUGAUCUCGACUCACGCGCCUACUUCCUGCCUCCUGUCUACUUCAACCGCGUGCCGAUGACUAGAGAGUCAGUUGCUGGUCAGGAUGUUCUGGGCCUUCAGUCAGCACCUGGACAGGCCGGUCAGGCCAACCAGCCGGUGACAGCUUCAUCUGCUGCUGCUCAGGCUCCCAGUCCUCAGCCUCCUCGAGUUCAGGACAGUGAUGUCAGAGACGAUGCAGCGAUGCAGCGAGUUCUCAUGUGUCUGCAGAAAAUGUCUGAACAGAAUAAAGAAGUUUUGGUAGGACUUAGUCAGCUGAAGUUCGGACAAUACUUGGGUGAACCUUGUUACUCAGCAGCGGCUGCCCAGCUUCCCGUAGCCGACAGUCUUCCGUCGUCAUUUCCAAAAAAUCGGAAACAAGGAGACUUUGAUGUGCUUCUUAUUCACCGACAUCACGGGUUUGUCAUCUGUGAAGUAAAAGCGUUUGGUUACAAUAUACAUAAACUGAACAUGCCACAGCAGGAUAUAGACAACAACAUAAGAAAGAAACUAAGAGACGCCGUGUCACAGCUGGACAAGGCGGAGGCCAUGUUGUCUCACCUGGUGUCCGACAUCGCUCCCGGUCUGCGCAUCACUAAGACCAUCGCUUUCCCCAACCUCACGGCUCAUCAGGUGCAAAAUUCCGUCACUGGGGAUCCCCGGCUGUCGCAGGACCUGUGUCGCUGUCUGGGUACAUCAGACCCCGCCGACAUCACUGGUCUGGCCCACAUCCAGUCCAUUACAGUGACCAUUAGAGGAAACAGUGAUGUCAUUUUACGGCAUGCAACCUUGACCCAUGACCCUUACUGA